GGCAAAACGAAAAGAUUUAUUGUAAUCUCUUUAAUUAAUCAAUAUAACAAAAGAAUGGAUGACUUUAGCUACAACAAUUCCGGUGGAUUCAGUGCCGGAGGUGACGACUUUCUGAACGAUAACGGAUCUCAAAAACAACAACAAGUGCGUUCAAGUCUCACACCUGUUACUAUCAAACAAAUCAAUGAAGCUACACAACCAGUACCAGAUGGAGAAUUCCAAAUACAUAACGUGGAACUUAACUUAGUUUCCUUUGUUGGUGUAGUUAGAAGUGUCCAGGAUCUCACUUCUGCCAUUGUGAUAAAAAUUGAAGAUGGGACUGGUUCCAUUGAAGUAAGAAAAUGGAUCGAUGAUGCAAGUGAUACAUCAGCAAAUGAAGCUGCUGGUCAAGCUCAUGAAUUAAACAAAUACGUUUACGUUACAUGUGCAUUGAAGGAAUUUAACGGUAAGAGAAGUUUACAACAUGCCACUAUCAGACCAAUCACAGACCACAACGAGAUUUUAUAUCAUAAUCUUAGUGCCAUUGAGAAUCAUUUAAAAGCCCAAGGAUUAGGUACAAAGCCAGCCAGUGGCCAGGAUAAUGGACUCUUUGUAAAAGAUUCACAUGGAAUGGAUGCUCCAAAGUCUAUGCAAGAUAAGAUUCUUGCUCUUAUCCACGAGAAUAGUGUCAGUAUGCAAGAAGGUGUCCCAGUCCCAUUUAUAUCACAAAAGUUGAAUGUAACUAAUGAUAUUGUUUCACAACAUUGUGCUACUUUGGUGGAAGAUGGUAAGAUUUACUCAGGUUAUGAUGAUAGUGCUUAUUUGGCUAUUUAAAUUAAGUUUCUUAUAUAUUACAAUAAAUAAUGAAGUAAUACAAUAUUUCGUAAUCUGGGUCACUUUG